UUUAUUAAUAUAAUAUUUUUUCAAUAGUGAUUAUAAAUUAUAUUACUAUAUUAUGAAAGCAUCCGGAAAAUUGCAGGAGACCUUGCAAUGUUGUUGCAACAUGCAAUAUUCAAUUGCAGUGAUCAUUAUUCUUUUACGAAACUAUAAAUUGCGUUUACUGUGAACGGUAAAAGAAAUAUAUAAAUAUGUAACAGCAAAACAGAAGGAUACGGUCAAAGUAGAAGGGAGAAGAAACUGUAACAAGAUAUUUUCAGAUUCGAAAGGAUAUGUUCUGCGACAUUUACACCGUUCGCUGUUUCUCUGUCACGGUUUUCUUCUCAGGUACGCGAUCAUACGUAUAUAUCACACGUGCACACCGUACGUGCGUGCACUGGCGACAAGAAACCAGUCUUCUCGACGAUUUUUGCAACGAUAAAGCGUCUUCGUGGAAAUGACAGAUCCGUACACGCACAUUUACCACUCAGAAAAAUAUCUUUGCGUGCUCUUUUUGACUCAUCCCAUCCGGUAUAUAUAAUAUACCGGUGAAUUAUUUAUUUUCAAAAAUCUCUAUGUAAUUAUCGUUUGAUAUAAAAACGUUAGAAAUUUAUUGCUAUUGUGUCUAAUGAGUUGGUUUUUCAUGCAGAUUAUAUAAAUAAUAAACAUAAGUUUAUAUUAAUAAUAGCAGUAAUGAUGAUAACGUCUAUCAUAUGCUUGAGAUUAAAUUAAAUGAAAAUUAUUAUAAAUAAUAUAAAUGAUAUAAAUUCAAUUAAUUAUCAAAGACUGUAAAUGUUAUAACUCACAAUUAAAAUAUAUUAAAUAAUAAUAUAAAAAUAUAAUAAUUUAAAGUGUUGUGUAUAUGAUCUUAAACAUUUAUUUAUAUUACACGUUCAGAGAUUUAUUAUUAUAUGAACUUUUUUACAUUAAAUUACCAUACUUCUCCUAGAUUUACAGGUAUUAAACAAAAAUUUAAAUUUGUAUUCUAUUUUUUAAAUAAUUUAUAAUUUAUUACAGAUGUUGAAAUCUAAUUUCAAUUUCAUUAUAAAUAUUCUAAAAUAAAUCUAAUUAAAAGCGCACUUAUUUGAGUUCGAGAUAACCAUCAAUUGUCAGAAUUCACAAAGAACAGUGUUGCAUCUUGUUCGUGUGUACUGAAGCUUGACGUAAAAUAACUUUGCUCAAAUUUUUGAAACGUUUGCUUACCGAUUACAGACACAAUCCAGUUUCUUUGUAACGGCAAAAUCUCUAUCAAUCUUGAUGAUAAUAAUAGAACUUCCGCCAAAUGUUAUAUCGAUAAACCAUCACUUACAACACUCCAGUGCUGAUUGCGCGCUCGCCUUCUCGACAAUCUUCGGCCGAGUCCGCGCGUCUUCGGGUGAAUCGCGCCAACGAACGGUGCGCACGAACCUCCUUUGAUCGGGCACGCGUAUUCUUAACGCGACCGGCGUGGGAGUAAGUUCGCGCGCGUACUCUAAACGCUCGCGAGGGUGACCGAUCGUAAAACACCUUCGCGCGAUUUCGUAAAUUGUUCUCACGUCGCGUACACGUCGUCGCGUUUGGUGUGUGUCACGAGUAUCCUUCGGUUUAACCGCUAACGCGAGUGUGUAGUCCUUUCGCAGCUGUCAACGUUCAGUCAUCAUCUGGAAGACUGCGUAAGCCGUUUUCAAAAUAAUCCGCGCAUCCUUGCGCGCUAACGCUCCCGCGAUAUCGAAGUGAAUGACUGAUAUUAAGAAGAGGAUUUCAAUCAGUCCGCGAACGAUUGAUCACAAUGUCUCGUUCGUCGACGAGUCGAAUUUAAAACUCCGAAUUUAUUUCGGAGUAUGAAACGUGAAUUCUAGCGUCUAGCGACAUAUACAACGCGCAAUCACGUCGCCACGCAUAUUUAAGCGCGAGACUCUAUCGUUGCGUCACUAAAUGCGGAAUUAACACACAUCUCCGUCGGAAAGCGCGCUUUAAAGGGUGCUGCUACUCGCGCGGUCAACGGUUGCCAGUGUAUGGUGGUGCAGUGGAUAUGCGUCGCUGGUUGUUGUGAGGGUGCCCGAAAUCCUCGAUCUUCUUAGAUCACGAGGAGGCACGAUGGGGCCGGCCAAAAUCUUCGGAAUUUACUUGCUCUUCAUGGUGGUGUCCGGUAACCAAGCAGACGUCAUCGAGGAAAGAGUUUGCAUCGGUACCAAUGGCCGUCUCUCCGUGCCGUCCAACAAGCAGCAUCACUACCGGAAUCUUCGAGACCGGUACACCAACUGUACUUACGUCGAUGGUAACCUGGAGAUCACAUGGCUCCAGAACAAAACCUUCGACCUCAGCUUCCUUCAGUAUAUACGGGAGGUCACCGGCUACGUUCUCAUCAGUCACGUGGACGUGCGCAGGAUCGUCCUCCCGAGGCUACAGAUCAUCCGUGGCAGAACCCUCUUCAAGCUCAAUAUCCACGACCACGAGUUCGCGCUCUUCGUCACAAUGUGUCAGAUGCACAACCUGGAGAUGCCGGCCCUUAGAGACAUACUCAACGGAAGCGUGGGCAUGUACAACAACUACAAUCUCUGCCACAUCAAGACUAUCAAUUGGGAGGAAAUAAUUACCGGCCAAGGGGGAAGAUAUUUUUACGUGUACAAUUUUACAUCGCCGGAGCGUGUUUGUCCGGAGUGCGAUGAAAGCUGCGAGCAAGGUUGUUGGGGCGAGGGUCCAGAAAAUUGUCAGAGGUACUCGAAGACGAACUGCUCGCCUCAGUGCUGGCAGGGCAGAUGCUUCGGUCCUAAUCCACGCGAGUGUUGUCAUCUUUUUUGCGCUGGUGGCUGUACCGGUCCCAAACAGAGCGACUGCCUUGCCUGUAAGAAUUUCUUCGAUGAUGGCGUGUGCACGCAGGAAUGCCCGCCCAUGCAAAAGUACAAUCCAACAACGUAUUCCUGGGAAGCCAAUCCUGACGGAAAGUAUGCAUAUGGGGCAACCUGCGUGAGACGAUGCCCGGAACAUCUCUUGAAGGAUAACGGUGCAUGUGUGAGAUCCUGUCCACCGAAGAAGAAAGCGAUGAACGGCGAGUGCGUGCCUUGCGAUGGUCCUUGUCCAAAAACCUGCAAGGGCGUUGAAAAAGUGCACUCCGGUAACAUCGAUACCUUCAAGGACUGCACCAUUAUCGAAGGUUCCAUCACGAUUCUGGAUCAAAGUUUUGAAGGCUUCCAGCACGUUUAUCCAAAUUAUACAUUUGGCAAGCGCUACGAGAAAAUGCAUCCCGAUAAGUUAGAAGUUUUCAGAACGUUAAAAGAGAUUACGGGUUACCUCAACAUCCAAGGAGAUCACCCAGACUUUAAGAAUCUUUCAUACUUUCGGAACCUCGAGGUGAUCGGAGGCAGAACGCUCACGGAAUACUUUGCAUCCUUGUACAUCGUCAAGACUUCUCUUGUGUCCUUCGGUCUUAGUUCCUUAAAGAAGAUCUAUUCCGGCUCGAUUGCCAUUCUGGAAAACAAGAAUCUAUGUUACGCGCAGAGCAUUAAUUGGACUAGGAUCAAGAAAUCACUGGAACAUGAAAGUCUUCUGUCGAACAAUCGGAACGAAAGCGAAUGCAUCAAGGACGGUCUCGUAUGCGAUGAGCAAUGUUCGGACGAAGGAUGCUGGGGUCCCGGGCCAGCGCAAUGUUUGUCUUGCAAGAAUUUCAUUCUAGGAAACGAUUGUCUCCAAGAUUGCACUGCGCCAGGAAUUUAUCAAGCGGAUGAAGAAACUUGCAAGAUGUGUCACGAAGAAUGCGACGGCUCCUGCACGGGUCCUAAUGCCGACCAAUGCAUCAAGUGCAAACACGUGCGCGACGGACCGUUCUGCGUGCCUGAGUGUCCAUCCUCGAAGUACAACGACAACGGUCAAUGCAAACACUGUCACGAGAACUGCGUGGGCGGAUGCGAGGGACCAGAGAACAACAUAGGCGCCAACGGAUGUCAUAGUUGCGAAAAAGCAAUUAUGAACGGACAUGUACCAGAGGGAUGUUUGCAGAAGAGAGAGCCGUGUCCCGAUGGACAUUAUUACGAGUGGGUGAGUCCAAUGGAGCAAGGUGCUUUAAAACCUCUCGCGGGAAAGGCGGUUUGUCGUAAGUGCCAUCCACGCUGCAAGAAGUGCUCGGGAUACGGCUUCCACGAGCAGGUGUGUCAACAGUGCACCAAGUACAAGAGAGGAGAGCAAUGCGAGGACGAGUGUCCUGCCGAUCACUUUGCGGAUGCUGACACACAGCUAUGUAUACCAUGUUUCGGGGAGUGUCGAGGAUGCUUUGGGCCGGGUUCCAAUCAAUGCUACAAAUGCCGAAACUACAAAAUUUACAUUACUAGCGAUCCUGGGGAUAAUUCAACGUCUUUCAACUGCACGGAGACCUGUCCGCCGGAAUAUCCUCAUAAAAUCUUCCCUCCAGAUAGCGAGCCAUAUUGUUCCGUAGAAACAGUAGGUCUCGGUUUCCAAAUGGAUAACGAACUACGGCCAGCUAUAUUGACUGGAGUUGUGCUCUUUUCCGUGGCGCUUAUCAUCGUCGUUAUUGUGAUAUUAUACUUCUGGCGAAUGAGGACGAAAGCCAAGGAGAAUACGGUGAAGAUGACCAUGGCUUUGACCGGUUUGGAUGACAACGAACCGCUUCGACCGACGGGCGUGAAACCGAAUUUGGCCAAGCUGCGGAUCAUCAAGGAAGAGGAGAUGCGAAAGGGCGGCAUAUUGGGCUACGGUGCUUUCGGUAACGUCUACAAGGGCGUUUGGGUGCCCGAAGGGGAGAAUGUGAAGAUUCCAGUUGCUAUAAAGGUCCUUCACGAUGGCACCGGUGCGAACACAUCUAAGGAAUUUCUCGAUGAAGCUUACAUCAUGGCCAGUGUCGAGCAUUCGAAUCUGCUGCAAUUGCUCGCUGUAUGCAUGACGUCGCAGAUGAUGUUAGUGACUCAGCUGAUGCCUCUAGGCUGUUUGCUGGACUUUGUACGCCGGUACAAGGACAAGAUCGGCUCGAAACCGUUGCUAAAUUGGUGCACGCAGAUUGCGAGAGGUAUGGCCUACUUGGAGGAGAGGAGGCUGGUUCACCGAGAUUUGGCGGCGCGAAAUGUCCUCGUGCAAACUCCAAAUUGCGUGAAGAUCACCGAUUUCGGUCUCGCGAAAUUACUGGACAUCAACGAGGAGCAGUAUAAGGCUGCGGGUGGGAAGAUGCCAAUCAAGUGGUUGGCAUUGGAAUGCAUUCAGCAUCGAGUGUUCACUCACAAGUCAGACGUGUGGGCUUUCGGUGUGACAACCUGGGAGGUUCUUACUUACGGUGGUAGACCGUACGAAAGCGUACCUGCUCGCAACGUGCCGGAGCUCUUGGAGAAAGGUGAAAGGUUGCCGCAGCCAGCAAUUUGCACAAUUGACGUGUACAUGAUUAUGAUAAAAUGCUGGAUGCUUGACGCCGAAUCGAGACCUAGUUUUAAGGAACUGGCAGAAGAGUUCGCGAAAAUGUCUAGAGAUCCUGGUCGGUAUCUUGCCAUUAAGGGAGAUAAAUACAUGAGACUGCCUUCAUAUACAUUACAGGACGAAAGAGAGAUGAUACGAAAUCUUGCGUCAGCAAUGGACGGUCCCGAGGCUCUCGUGGAUGCCGAUGAAUAUCUGCAGCCUAAAUCACGAGCACCGCUUCCGCCCACAAUUUCCGUAUCGAGUGUUUCCGGCUCACCGCCGAAUACGCCGGUAAAAUCGUGCUGGCCGAACGGCAAGCCGCUCGCUGCUGAUUCCCCGACACCGCAAAAUCAACAGAACUGGGACAGGGAGCUCUUGAGGUACGGUGGAAGUCACGGUAACGGGAGCGCAUUACACGAGGCCAGUAAUUCCGGUCAGCAUACGCAUUACGCGCAUCCCAAUGGCCAUUGCGGACAUGUCACAGGCUCGGACAGUUCGAGUUCGAGAUACUGCUCAGAUCCGUUGAAGAUGGUCGGUGUUAGAGAUUGCGAUGUGACAGACGAUUGUUUCGAUGCUAAAGCAAACUCCACACAUCAGCAGGCUCAAGUAGGCAACUUGAAACUAGAUUUACCGUUAGAUGAAGACGACUACCUUAUGCCGUCACCACAACUGCCAGUCAACACUACGCAAUACAUGGAUCUCAUCGGGGAAUCUAAGCCAACAGAACCCGAACCAAAGCGACUGAACAAUGGUUUCCGGAAAUAUCCAGAUUUCCUGACGAUUCAAGGAAAGACGUCGCUGGACAAUCCGGAGUACAUAAUGUCUCAAGAUGAGGGGCCGCUUACGCCACAGACUCUGGGUAUUCCUACGCCAGACUUGGAAAAAGUUCUGACAAACGGGGCCUUCGGAUCUCAAGUUAGGCAACGAAGUUCCGAGGAGGAGUCGGAUCACGAGUACUACAACGACUUUGAUCGAUUGGAACGAGAAUUGCAGCCAUUAAAACCGUUCAGGAAGAACGAAACAACGGUGUGAUCCCAGAGAUACUCUCGAAGAUAUAAAAUGUGCUCAUGAUUCAAUGGAAUUGGGAAUGAUUAUGUUAAAGAAACUUCUGCUCCGUUGACGGAGAGGAAGAAGACAUACCAGCAAGCCAGCCUUGAAUCGCAACGCAUCAUCGAAGUUACUCAAUUUCCGAGAAGGAAUCACUGUACUUAGAAAGGACACUUCGCUCAAGUGCCGCGCUUGAUUGUGAUUAGAUGUAAGUUAGAGACUUGUGUGCGUAUUACGUGAUAUAAAUAAGAUGACGAAACAGAGACUACGAGGGCGUGUCGGAAAUGAGGAUCGCGCGACGGCGAUGCUCGCAAACAAGUAGUGCAAAGAUAAUUCUUAAUGUGCCAUUUGCCGUGGCUUGUAAAUAAAUUACUUUUCGUACUAGCUUCUCGAGAGCAUAAAAAACACCCUAGAACUUAAUUCGCAGCGACGGUGUCCAAGAGCGUCUCUGCUUAAUUGCUUCCCUUCGAGGCCGGUUUAAGGCGUGUUGAACCACUGUCUCUCGUUAUCGCAAAAUUUAUAUAAUACUUAUGUGUGUAUAUAAGUCCUUAUACAUAUAUAUAAACUUGAGACAUAAAAUAUGACAAAUAAAAGUGACUUUAUAUUAAUAUAAGUUUAAGUUAAAUUUACUCUGUACAUAAAUUUAUCUUUGCUAAUCAUUAACCAAGGCAAUUCAAAAUUACUGAUUUUUGUGAUCUUAAGCCGGCCUUGCUUUUUCACGCUAUCUUGUGAAAAUAUCUGUGCACCAUAAAAAGUAGAGUUUUCAAUAAUGGUGUCUAUCUUCCAACAUCCGGUUUUGAUCUUAUAUGCGAAUUACUUCAUUUUUCCAAAUUUUAUAAUUAUUCAAAAAUUGUAAUGCAACGAGCUCGAACUACUCAAAAAGUUUAAAGCUGCUCACUGUUUGCGUACUCUAGACAAAUACGUAUAAUUACCCUCAAAACUCUAAUGGUGCAAAGCUGUUUUAGGCACUUUCCUUGUAUCGAGCGGAAUACUUGAAAUAUCCCAAGAGAUUGCUCAGUGGGUUUUAGAAAUUGAUAUUACUUUUUAAUUUGAUUUUGUUGUUGAUUUUGUUAUAAAUACAAAACAAUUUACUAAUAACAUUUUAUGACAUUACAUAACAAGAUCUGUCUCUUUUAUAAUAAAUAUGAAAGGAAACACGUUAUCGGCUAAAAGUAUAUUGACAAAAAAUUUAACUUACUUUUAUAUGAAUUUACAUUAUAAUAUGUGUAAUUCGCGUAGAAUACAAUUGAAAGAAUAAUAUUAUUUUUUAAUUAAAACAUGUAACGUAUGUUAAAUAUUUAGUUUCCAACGGAAAAAGUAAGUGACAAUUUCGAAGGUAUUUUAGCAUAGCAUGAGUGUUCCGCUUAAAAUGACGAAAGUUAAGCGGUCCCACCACAAACUAUUGCUAGAUUGCAAUAACGUUCUCGAUCAAUUUGAUUAACGAGUUCUUAUAAUAAACGUUGUUGCAAUCGAGCCAAAGCAUUUGUGCGUUAUGCCGCUAACUGUGAUACAAAUUAUAUUCUACUCUCUAUUGAGGACGCUGAAAUACCGCAGCGAUAGCAUUUUCUCUAUUUUUCUCCUUCCCGCAGUAAGCUACGACAGUAAGCGGCGUCUGCAUUGUCCUAUUUUACUGCCGAGGAUAAA